GGGCACGGCUAAUUUCGGCAGCCGCUGAGUCGUCGCGGUAUUCCUGGGCGCACGCGCUCUCGAAGGCUCCACCGCGGCCCUAUAAGAACGCGGACACACCCCACGGUCUGGCAGUAAUUUCGACGCGUUCUAACGACAAGCAACUGCAGAGAUGUCCGUGGUACCGCUGCUGUGGCGCGAUUGGUGGGACGACUGGGAGCCUCGCACGGGCCGCCUGCUGGACCAGCACUUCGGCCUGGGGCUGUCCAGGGAUGAGCUGAUGUCUGGACUGGGUGUGCGCAGCCCACUGCUCAGGCCCACAGGCUACCUCAGGCCCUGGCGAUCGCUCGCCAGGCAAGACUCUGGGACAUCGGCCAUCGCCGUCGACAAGGAUCGCUUCCAGGUGAGCCUGGAUGUGCAGCAGUUUGCUCCCAAUGAAAUCACAGUCAAGACGGUGGGCAAUGCAGUCAUCGUCGAGGGCAAGCAUGAGGAGCGACCCGACGAGCAUGGCUUUGUCUCCCGGCACUUUGUGCGCCGAUAUCUGCUGCCGAAGGAUGUCGAGGUUGACGCUGUUGUCUCUAACCUGUCCUCAGACGGCGUCCUCACCGUCACAGCCCCCAAGAAGACGGCUGUAGCAGCAGGCGAACGUGUGGUGCCUGUGAUCCAGACUGGAGUGCCCGCUGUGAAGAGUGCAGCGCCUGCCUCCCCAGAGCCAACUACAAUUGAAAUCAAGGAGGAGAAGUAGGGCUACACUUAUCUGCAGAUGAACUCCUUUAUAAGCUUUCUUGCCAUUGCUACCAAUGUAACAAUUGUAUAACAGUGAUCUCUCUCUCUCUUUUUUUCAUACAUGUAUUAAAGCAUUUUUAAGUAAAACUAAAUAA